GAACGAGGCAGUGAUUUUUGCAUCUCAUCCGUUUAAAGUUAUUGAUUGCGAUCGGUGUAGAUGAUGUGUAAUGGACAGACAUCACGUUUGCGGACCAUCUCCAACUCCCGCAACAACGCAAACCAAUCAAAAACUGGCCACUUCUCUUGCUCACCGUGGAGAAUCGGGUGAUUUUAUUGAAAUUAAUUGAUGCACAACAUUCGGUUCAUCGUAAACAGUAGUCCGCAUCAUGGUGCGCUACACGAUCACGUGGAACGGCCUGCUGCUAUAUAUACGGUGAUGGAGAGUGAAAGCGUACCUAUAAAUAAUCUAGAAAAAUAGCGUAAUGAUCGAUAAACAAUCAGCACUCUCCACUCCAAUAAAUAACUGCCCAUUCUAAUGGAUGUUCUACAUUUCUGCUAGAGCUUGUUCGGUCACAUCUUUCGCGGCCAAUAUGGAGAGCAACGAGUCGUUGGCCGUUGAUGUCCUGUCGGAACAAAAUCUUUCCACGACAAAUGGCGAUUGUACCAACGAGUUGCCUACCGUGCAGGAAUAUCUCGAUGGUUUAACCUUGCCAAUCGCUUUGAUCAUUGCUACAACCGUCCUGCUAAGUAUUGCCACCUUCAGUAUCUUCUUCAAGAAUGCUUACCACAUCCUGCACCGAACGCCGAAACAGUUCAAAACUAAAUCGAUACUGUUGCUGACAAUCUAUCCGCUCGUGACUCUGUUCGGUGUAGUAUCGAUCUCCGUGCCGCGUGCCUUCUUUCUGUGCGACACAGUCAUGCACGUGUACUUCAUGAUAUGUGCGUACGUGUUCUUUAGUCUGUGCAUGCAGUAUGUCGACGGGGAAGAUGCACUGAUUAAAUCGACCGAUUCUCAAACCUUCUCCCUGCGGACCCCACCGUUGUGUUGCUUUGUGCCCCUAUUCAAACGAGCCCCCGUGACAAAAAAUCGAUUACGCUUUGUGCGUAUGCUUAUUAUGCAGCUGCCGGUCGUACAAACAGCUCUUUUCCUGGCACUGAAUGUCGUGUUUGUUGAGGAUUAUCCCAAUUUCAACCGCAUCAUCCUGUACUUUGUGCCAUUGAUCGUCAUCUCUAUUCUGCUCGGUGUGUGGGGAUUGAACAUUCUCGUGCGAAUGCUUGCCCCACUCUACUCGGACCUUAAACUGAUGGGCAAAUACUUCGUACUACAAGCGGUGCUUAUACUUUGUCGGAUACAACCCCUUGUCAUAGCGGGCAUCGUGAGCAGCAGCAUUUCCGUUUGUGCUUACCCCAUGACACUGCAGGUGCAGAAAAAUGCUAUUUUCCAACUGUGUUUAUGCUUCGAGAUGAUGAUGCUUUCCUGCUGGGCGUCCCUGCUUUACAAAUCGCCCUCUACCAUAGGACCAGGAUAAGCGAACACGAUGGGAAAAGGCAACAUUGGAACCUGUUCCUUAAUACAACAACAAGCAAGAAUAGCACAGCUAC